AUGUUUCUGUUGAAUAUUUGCGUCUGUGUCGGCCUCAUGCUGUCCCUGCCUCAGUGUACAUAUCAGUCAUGCAGAGAGGGGACACCUGAACAGUGCCAAGAUGCAGGAUUUGCUCCAGGUUCCAAUUUGGGCGGGGAAGGCUUCGAUAUCACGAAAAUGGAACGGAAGGGGGCCUUCGUGCUCGACAUGAGACAGUGGAGACGAAAGGACAACACAUGCAUCCUGUGUAACAACCCCUAUCUGGAGAACAAAAAGCAGAAGCUCCCCUUGUCGGUGGUGGACUGGAGGCCAAAGCAGUUCUGCAAGGCGAAAGUGGCAACUGCAGUUCACAAAUCCAGUGAGUCUCUAGUCACUUCCAGCGAAUCUUCAGUUAUGAACGACUGGAAGGUCGGUCUAGAUCUUAAGGUAGGAAAUAAAGACGCCUCCUUGGUGUUGGCUGGCAGCGACUCUAAACUGGCUGCUUAUUCCAUUGAGAAAUCAAAGAAUGACAAGUACAGUUUCACAUCCCAAAGCAUGUCCUGUGAGUACUACAGCUAUCGAGUGUCCAGCACUCCCAAGUUGCACAGAGAAUUUAGAAAAGCACUGAAAAGGCUCCCCGAAACCUACAGCCCUGAGAACAAGCACCAGUUUUACAGACUGAUUAACAACUUUGGGACCCAUUACAUCACCAAGGUGAGAUUGGGAGGAGGUGUUCAAUCUGUGACCAGCAUCAGAGAGUGCCAGGCCAGCCUGCAGGGCCUCAGUGUGGAUGAGGUGGGGAUGUGCCUGGGAGUUGAGGCGUCUGCUACCUUCAAAGGUACAGUAAGUCCUCAAUCAAAACGCUGCAAGACGGACAUCGAGAAGACAGACAGUAAGUCAGCGUUCUCCAGCGUCUUCAGCGACAGGUUCACACAAAUAAUGGGAGGCCAUACUACGGAGCCAGACCUUCUCUUCUCUUCUGAAAAACAUCCAUCAGCCUACAAGGAAUGGCUGAAAACAAUACCACUCAAUCCAGACAUCAUCUCAUAUUCUCUGGACUCUCUGCAUGACUUACUGCCUGUUAACACCCCUGCCUGGAAGAACCUGCGAUCAGCCAUUAGGCAUUACAUCCUGGAGAAGGGUCUGCUGAAGAACUGCAGCAACCACUGUCAGGGCGGCGUCAGAAGCAACUCUGAUCCCUGCGCCUGCCUAUGCUAUAAUGACCCUGCUGUAACCUCAGACUGCUGUCCGACCCGUAAGGGCAUGGCACGUGUCAUCAUAACUGUACAAAGGGCCACCGGUCUUUGGGGAGACCACACAACUGCCACAGACAGCUAUCUGAAAGUGUUCUUCAACGGACAGAUGGUGAAGCAAACUUCUGUCAUUUACAACAACAACAACCCACACUGGAACACCAUCAUCGACCUGGGCAGCAGGGAUUUGUCAGCAGGAAAAAGAGUGAAAUUUGAAGUGUGGGAUCAGGACAGCGGCUGGGACGAUGACAAACUGGGAGACUGUGACCAAAGUCUGUUUAGUGGGGUGAAAGAGAAUUCCUGUUAUCUGAAGCACGGUCAGCUGUUCUUCAAAGUGGAGGUGAUAUGUGCUCCAAGUCUGAGCGGAGAGUUGUGCACUGACUAUAAACCUUCACCUAUGAGUCCAAGUCUAAAGAAGCUGUACGUGUCCCGUCAUGCCCAACCUAUUCCAAAGGAGAUGCUGUUAAAGAUGGGCGUGUUUGUGAAUGGAACAAGCUCACGUUGA